UCGUGUUUCAACCUGUUCUAAUGCGUUAAACUGAUAAGCGAUUGUGCUUUUUUUUAAAAAAAAUUUUAGUUUUCUUAAAUUGUUUUACUAUUAUUUUCAUGACAUGACACUGCAAUUAUGUAACUGUUAUUGGAGUAUGCUAAAAUCUCCCUAAACCAUGUCUUUAAAACAAUUACCGCUGGAAACUAUUAAACUGAUUAGUAGUGCCCAAGUCAUUACAUCAGCAUCAUCGGUAGUGAAGGAGUUAAUGGAAAACUCUAUUGAUGCACGUGCUACCAUCAUUGAUAUUCAUCUGGAAAACUAUGGGCUAGACAAGAUUGAAAUACGUGACAAUGGCAUUGGGAUUUCAUGCAGUGAUGUGCAUGUGAUGUUUUUAAGAGGUUAUACUUCUAAAAUAUCUGAUAUAUCCGAUUUAGAUCAAUUAAUGUCCUAUGGAUUUCGUGGUGAAGCUCUGAGUUCUAUUUGUGCAGUAGCUGAUGUGACCAUCAUAACAAAAACAGAAUUUGAUAAAUAUGCACAAUCAUUUAUCAUUGACAAAAAUGGCCACGUGAAAAGUAGUUCGAUAAGUCAUCAUCAAAGGGGCACAGUUAUUAAAAUUGUUGAUCUAUUUAAAAAUUUACCGGUCCGAAAACAACUUUAUAAUUCAAAAAAAUACUGUGUAAAUGAUUUACGCAGAAUAGAAAAUAUUAUUAAAUCAUUAUAUGCUAUUCAACAAAACAUUCGUGUUUCAUUAGUUCAUAACAAAUGUGUGCUAUGGCAAAUGUCUCCUGUUAGUGAUAUAAAAAUUACAUUUGGGCAAAUUUGGUCAUCAUCAAUGACAAAAUAUGUAAAGCAUUUACAAUUUUCAAAUGAAGAGAUGAAAAUUGAUAUAGUCUUACCUGUACAAAAUAUAGAUGUGCAAAAUUGUUUUUUUACAACAAAUAUUGCUGAUUCAAUAUAUUUAUAUGUUAACAAGAGACCUAUCAGGGAUAAUAAAAUUGAAAAACUAAUCGUUGGAGAAUUUAAUAAUUAUUUUGGGCAUUAUUUAUCUCCUGGAAAAUACUUGCCAUGUUUUAUAUCUCUUUCAGUCCCUGCUACAUCUAUUGAUGUCAAUUUGGAACCAGAUAAAUCUCGAAUAUUAUUUCAUAAUCAGGAAAUAGUUAUAAUCAAUAUUCAAAACAUCAUAAGAAAACAUUUUUAUUGUGAUAAAAUAGAAAAUAAUCAAUCUAAUAUCAAUGAAAUUCAAUCACAUCCAAGUAAUAAAAGAAAAACAUCUUUUGAUUUAAAAGCAAUUAGAGCGAAAAAGCCUGUAAUUUUCAUGUCACAAAUUGAUAGUUUAUCUACUGAAUUUAAUAAUGAAGACUAUCCACAUAUUCCUAUAGAAUCAAUUUUAAAAGAUAUUGAUUCCAAAGAGCCGUCUACAUCCAAGGAAAAUAAAAAUGAUGAAAUAAUAUGUUCAGAAAGUAAUGAAUUGGAAAAAACUUAUGGUAUUUCAGAAUAUUGUGAAAAUCAAAUAUGUUUAAAACAAACGGUUCCUUAUAAAACUAUUCAAUCUAAUAAUGCAAAUGUUACAAAUGUGAAUGCUGAAAAUAUAUUAGCUUCUCAGUGGAGUCAAGGUGGUGUGGUUAUAAAUGAAAAACUAUUGGAGAGUGGAAUGUCGAUAAAAUCUGAUACUUCAUCUACAACUUUAGAAAAUAAGUUAUUGUUAGAUAAUGAAAAUGCAAGUGAAAUUUUUCAUUCUAAAUAUACGGCUGAAAAUCAAAGAAAUAAACUAAAUGCAAUAGAAGAAAAGAAUCCAGUCCUUAAUAAUAAAAGUAUUUCAGAAACUUUAUCAAACAAUGAUGUAACACUUGAACCUCAUUGUUCUUUGGUUUCUAUUCCUGAUGAAAAAGUUCCUCUUCUUAACCACUUAGAUAACAAUCCACGAUCAUGGAUACCUGAACCUAUCUUAAAAAAAUCAACACAAGUUAAUGAAAUUUCAGAUGUUCCUGGAGUAGAGCUUAGUAAAACCAUUCAGUGUGUUAGUAGUCAAAUGGGAAAUAAAGAGAUGUCAGGAUUUAAAAUAUUUGCCAAGGAAUUAAGAAUAAAAAUACUUCAAGAAAAUCCUGGAAUGGAUUUUACAAAAGUAAGCAAAGAACUUGUAAAAUUAUGGGCUUGUUUGAACGUAGAUGAAAAGAACAGAUAUAAAGAAUUGGCAAAUAAACAGAAAAAUUUGAAAGUUAUUGCUAAAAUAAAUGACACAUCAAUUCCAAAAAAAUCAUUUCAAUAUAUUUUUAAGACUCUUAAAAGAUGUUCUACUUCAAUUAAUAUAGAACUAUCUGAAAUUAAAAAGAAUAUUUUUGAGAAGCCAAAAUUACUUAAAUUAUCUCCAUUCAUACUCAUCGGUGAAGUAAAGGAAAAUAAUUGGAUGUGCUGUGUGCAAAAUGAGAUAAAAGCUUUAAAUAUAUGUCGUCUUCAAGAAGCUGUAGUUUUUUUCCAAAAAAUGGUUGAUGAAGAAAUUCCACUUAAAAUGUUAUGUAAAUCAAUUAAUAUUAGUAAAAAAUAUUUAGGUGAAAAGAAUUAUUGCUUUCUUAGAAAUCUGGAUACUUCAUAUGAACCAUCUGCUGAAAAAUAUACUAUAACUGAUGAACGAAUUGUUAAAAAUGGUUUUAAAGUUGUUUUUGUGUUUAAUGAUGAUCCAGAAAACCCUGAUAUAAAUAUUACUGAUGUAGCUUUACAUAUAUCAACAUAUGGUACUGAGGAAUUCAAAGAACUUUUAGAAUUGAUGCAACUGGAAAAAGAAAAUGGUCUUUAUUUUUACCGUCCAUUGAAAGUAGUUAAUUAUCUGCGGAGUGAAACAGCAAGACAUUGCAAAACAAUAGGGCUCCCAAAAACAAAAAAAGAAAUUUAUGAAUUAUUAAAUUAUUGGUUUAAGAAUGAAAAUUUGUCAUCAAAUAAUAAAUGUAUUCAUUACAAACAAGUUUUUACAUCAGUACACAUUAUUGAUGAAAAUUCAAAAACUUUCAAAUGUUAAUAAAAUAUGAACAUAUUGUAUUAUGAUUUAUGAUGGUUUACAUA